AUGGAGUCACGAUUGGCAGCGUCAUCGGGGGCAGUGUCGUCGAAUCGCGCAUGCGAGAAGGCUGCGCUUGUCUCGACCUCCCAGUCCUCGGCUGCCCCGUCCUCAUCUCCACGUGUCAUUCCGAAAUCUCGCAGCAGCGGGGCGCUCCUCGCCUCAUGCCCCAUCCCGUUUAAGGCAGGAGUUUCUCCCCUUGCUCCUCCUGCCGAAUCAUUCAUGACCGCCUCGUCGUCCCUGUCGGGUAACCAGACGGUUGCGACAGACCCUUUUUCGCGUCUACCGGACGACGUGGUUAUCGAAAUUCUUUCGCAUCUGGGCGGCGGGGCGCCCGACGUGCUAGCAGCGUCGAUGACGUGUCGCCGAUGGCAGUCGCUCACUCGCGCCAUCCCCGUCCUGCGAUUCGUCCCGCGCGACACGAGCCGGGCGGGCGGAAGCGACUGCGCCUCCACGCUCCCCGCUUGUUCCGCCAUCCAACGCGAGGAGCUUGUAUCGCGUAUGUCGCUUGUUCUCUCUCGCUCUCUCAACGCCGCCGCGAACGGCGGCGGCUCCACGACAAUUAACGUCUGGGAGAACGAAGAUCUCAGCUUGCAUCUCGGGCAUAUUUCCCGCCACUGCAAGUCGCUGCGGUCGCUCACUCUCGGGUCGCUUUCUCUCGCGGCGCCUACGCUCGAGUCGUGCCUCCGUCCCAUGCCCAACUUGCAGGAUUUGUCGCUUUCCUGGAUCCACCUGACGAACGAGUGCCUUCAGAUGAUUCUCGACGCAACUCCGAAUCUCCGCCGCUUGACGAUAUUUAUGGCGACGGGCUGCCCGCAGAUUUCGCUUCGCCUGCCCGCUUCGUUGGAGCACGUUGACUUUGCUUACCUGCGCGCCGAGUCGUGCGCCUUCAUCACCGCCUCCUCGCUCAGAUCCGUGUCCAUUCGCGACAUGUUCGUGCGCUCAGUUACCAUCCAACAAGCCCCUCGCCUGCGCUACUUCGCCAUCGCCAGCGCCAGCCUCCUGGAGGUCUCGGCACCUGAGUCGUGCGAGAUCACCACCCUCGAUUUGAAAGCGGGUUCCUUCUGUUGGUCCUCGUUACAAUCACUCCUUCGCGGUUGCGGCACGGCUCUCAGCUCUCUCGCUCUUGAUUUCUUCACCGCGGGAUCCGGAGCGCUGUCGUCGGGAAUCUUCUCUCUCUUCUGGCUCGCCGCCAUGUGCCCCGCGCUUCGCGCCUUGAAUCUCGGCUCGCUGCCGUGGCAGCUCGUCCUCUCCUGGGCGACUACCUCCGGCGCGCUUCAGCCGGCGGCAUCCUCGGCGGGAUCUGCGGCGCGGUGGCCGCAACUGGAGGAGCUUAAGCUUAAGGUUCAGGAGCAGAGGCCCGAGGCGCUGCUGCUGCUGCACGCGCUUCUGUCGAAUGUGCCAACACUGAAGUCGCUUCAAGUGGCCACUGCAGUGGAUGAGGAGGAAGAGGAUGAAGAGGAAGUGGAGGAGGAGGAAGAGGAGGAGGAAGAUGAGGAAUUCGAGGAGGGAGAGGAGUGUGAGGAUGAGGACGAGGAAGAGGAGGUUGAGGAAGCCGAGGAGUAUGAAGGAGAAUACGAAGAUGAUGUGGACGAGGAUGAUUUGAUGGAAGUGGAGGAGGGUGCGGAGAGCUCUGACGAGUAUGAUGACGAGGACGAAAGCAUGCCGGUCCGGUCUGGCGGACCUGCCGUUCAGCGUCACAUGAGCCGGCAGGAGCUGUUCCUCAAGGGGCUUGUGUGCCUGCAGCAACGAUUUUCUGACGUUAACGUCUUCCUGCCGCUGCUCGCUCGCCGGUCUACUUCGUGA